AAAAGUUGAUCGUUAUCGUCAAGAGGUCCUUUUGAUUUUCAAAUUAAUUGAUAAAAUCAUAACAAUAGCCCACAAAGUAGAACGACUUUCAUGAAUUUGCGCGCCUAUUUAUUCGAAAUAGCCAAUGGCAACUCAAGGUACAAUGAAUUUAACAGGGUGGCCAUAGUUAAAUCCAAGAUGUCCGUCCGCUUGACGCGAGAACUUCCACCGCAAUCCGCUAAAAAUACUUUUUUACUGACUUAAGUAAUAGUAAUUACAUUAAUUGGAGUUUUGUCGAGCUAUGGAGUUUUCGGUGACAGAUUCAGCAGUUUUGGAGACAUCUAUAGAUAUCGUUGAGGAUACACCAGUGGACGAGGAUUCGUUUACAGAGAUUGAGAUCAGCCACAACGUUAACAUCCCUGUCGACAAUAAUAAGGAUUCAGUGGACAUCUCCACCGAACCCGACAACACAGAUCUAAUUCAUCCCUGUUACAUUCACGUGGAAAGAUGCGAUAAAAUUUGGGAGACAAUGAAGCUUAUUCGAGAGCUGCAGGAGCCCCACUCCGACGACUCCCUUGAACACCUCUAUUACGAUGAUACCCACGAGCAUGAUGACGACGAGGACGAAGAGGAAAGACGAGUAAUGGCUGCUGACGAUGAGGAAGAAGAAACGACUGACUCUCCCCUGAACGACGAGGAAUCAAAUUCCUCCUCUCAAGCGCAUCCCAUGAUUCCCUACAUAAAAUAUCAACCAGUAUUGGGUAAUGGUAACACAGCCCUCCCAAACUUUCAAUUUUCUGUAAAAAGCACUCGUGCUCUAUAUCAAUGUAACACAUGCGGACGUCAAUACAGCCACCGUUCCACAUUACGAGAGCACUCAGAGCGAAUCCACAACAUAAUUCUGCCCAUGAUUCGUCGUCCCCCCAAAUGGAAACCCGAUCGAUCAGACAGCAGCUCAAAAACCGAUGACAAAUCACCCGACAAUGAUGACGACGAGAGUAAUCAUGAGUCAGGAAGUACCAUCUCAUCAACUCCUUCAGAAGACAAAGAACGGCUUCUGGAUUCAGCCAGUGAAACUCACGAAACUGAUUACCUCAGUUCAUCCGGUAAAAUUCGUCACACAGGGACCUGCAAACACUGCGGCAAGGUUCUCUCGGAGAAAUAUUACUUAAAAGUCCACGAGACUCUACUCCAUGGACUUGUAUCUCCCUUCCGUAAUGGUGGUGGUCCCCUUGUCCUCAAGAACUAUAUAACGAAAGCACCACCUGUGGUUAGCUGUGAUCACUGCAACGAUUCGUUCUACGGAAUUGAAAAGUUGAAUGAACACAAGCACAUCAUUCAUGGAAUAGCUACAGAAUCUUCCAUAUCAAUCCCCACUGUUUCGUCAUCCUCGGACAGUAAAAUUAACGGCAGGAAACAGGUGGCAGUGAAAAAGCUAACGAUAUCAUCUGUACAAACGUUGUCCUCCAAACGGCUGGAGCCGCAGAGUUCAUCGAGUCAAAACCUGAAGACGUUAAAAUUGAAGUCAUCUGUCGUAACAUCACAACUCAUUCGAAGAAACAAGAAUGAAAAGACGACACGAGCAUGUGAAUUUUGCGAAAAGAUCUACAGCAACGAGAGAAAUUGGAAAAUUCAUCUUAUAACAGUCCAUGGGGUAGCACCACCCCAGAAAAUAGUUUCCCGUAGAACCUACGUUAACAAUUCUUUAGGAAUUCACAGUUGCAAGUACUGCAACCGAAAAUUUUCCUACGCAACUACUCUCCGAAAUCAUGUGAUUUUGCAGCACAUGAAAGAACAAAUUUCAAGUCAAAAGCCAGUAAAGCCUCAGAAGUCCUCACAGAUUCAAAAGAAAUCACCACCAGUUCCUUCAUCAUUAGAACUCGAUGUUUUUCAAGUCAACAAAGCCCCACCAAAAUUAACAAAAAUCGCUCCACUAGAGCAGGAAGACGCGAAACCUCUGAUUUACAGUUGUGAAAGUUGCUCUAAUACGUAUUGCUCACGGCAGAGUCUUCUGUACCACAUGGCCAGUGUUCAUCAGAUUUAUCAGAAUUAUACCAGAAAGGUAAGAAGAAAUUUCAACAAACCAUUUGUCUGUCAAGUCUGUCACGAAAGAUUUUGGGGUAAGAAAAAUCUCACCCAACAUGAGCUCAUCUUUCAUGGAAUACGGACCUCAUCUCUACAGGGAAAACAAAGACUCGUUCACAAGGCGAAACAACGAUCUAGCUUGUGCUUGACAAAAUCCAAGGAUGGAAUAGUAAAGAGACCCCCACAAUUGACGCCAGUUCGUUCUCUACGUGAUAAAGAGCGUUUGAACUACGACGAGAUGAAACUAUUGAACGAGAAAGAGAUCUACAAGACCCCGAAGACUCCACUAGUCUCGAGAACAAAGAAAGAUACCACAUUACAGACAUCAUCGGAUAAUGAAGAGCCAGUGCUUCAAUGUAUACUUUGCAACAGACACUGCAAGAAGAUAAGGAAGCAUUUUGUAGAAUUUCAUAAGGUGCGAAAUCCGGAAAUACUGAUCUCCCAGUGUCAGAUAUCUCCAAUGAAUCAAUUAUCUACCACGAAGGAAAGCAGGACCGCGGUGAUGGUCAAGAAGGAAAUCGUGGCUCCAGUGCGUAUUAAAAAGGAAAUCAAAGCUCCAUUACUGGUUAAGAGGGAGAUUAAGGCUCCGUUGCCGAUAAAAAAAGAUGUGAAGACUGGUUCGCGGACUAAGGCAAAUCUGAUAAAUAUUUCUCAGAUAAAACAAGAGCCUGGUGCUCUUCACAUUCCUGUGAAACGAAAAAGAAGACCAGUAGAUUCCAUGAGACAGAAGAAGACGAUGCCUGUUCCGGGACCACAAGCGCCUUUUGAACUUGUAUUGAAGGAAAUACAGCAGAGGAAACGACGAGUCUAUUCAUGUAAAUCCUGUGGAUUUGUAACUUAUGGGUAUGAAACAGCGAGGAGGCAUUGCAGAACGGUGCAUGCAGGGGGAGAAAUUGCUGGAGUACAACAGACAAAAGGGGAUUCACCGGAAAACAUGGAUGUUAAGAUUGCUCCCGUGAUCCAGAGGCGCAGGUCUGAGGGACAAUUGGGAAACCGAAAACGACGGAGGGAGUCGUUGGAUAAAAAGGAGAUUCAGAAGAGGAGGAUCUCAUCGAUCUUCGGGGGUGAGCUGAGAAUGACGAGAGCUGUAAAGAGACUGAAAGAGGAAUUGGAACACAAGUGUGAGAAUUGCGAGAGAAUGUUUAGGAAUGCUGAUAUUCUCGCUGCUCACAAGGUUUCUUGUAAAGUUAGAAUGAUGUUCGAGUCGGGAAUGGAGUCCAAUGAUACUAGGGAAAGCAGUGAUAGAGAUUCUGGUAUUGGUAUUAGUAUUACGAUUAAGAAAAAAAAUGACUCGUAUGAAAUCGUCAGCAGAGAUAGCAGCGGAGAGAGGCCUUCCAAAAGAUUUAAUAUGGGAGAUGGUUCCUCCGACGCUUCAUCCGAUACAAGAAACUCUCUGAAUUUCGUUCCUGAACGUCGAGCCAUUAAAAGAGAGAAAAUGGAUGACGACGAUUGGGAGGUAGAUCUGGAACGAGAAGUUUUUGAAGAACAGGAGUUAGAGAGCGUCGACGCUGUGGAGGAUCCACCAACUGGACAGAUUUUGUCAUUAAGAGAUCUUUGUAAAAGAGCACUUGGAUACACUCGUGAAGUACCCAAGAGCCCAAAAAUUCGCAGCACCAGGCGGCACGGUUUCCAAUGCAGGAUCUGCAAGGGAUACUGGCCAAGUCGCAGAUCCAGAGGGACACACUGUUGGAAGGCUCAUAACGUCUCAGCCACUGAGCCUUAUCUUGUCUACAGGGUCGAGACAUUGAGAAACCUUUGUGUCAAUGUACUGAAGCAUCAUGGCGAUCCCGAGGCUGCUAAGAAAAUUUGGUAUCCUUGUCAUGUCUGUAACAGCGUCUGGCCGACUAUUAAAUCCCGACAGAGUCAUGUCAGUGCACACGAGUGGAGGAAGAAGGGUAGUUCAUAAUUUUGUAGAUUCAUUAUUUAGGAAUGAAGACGUCAAGAUAAAGUAGUGAUUAUUUAUUACUUUUGUUGGACAUAAUUUGGAUUAUUGUAUGAUCACUUUGCUAUGUUAUUUCGUUAGUGGAGCACGUGAUUAUGUUUUGGAAUUGAUUAUUUGGGAUAGAGGGGAGGAUUUUUAUACACAUUUUUUGCGGCUAUCCGAUUAUUUACAAGCAGAUGUCUCUUAACUUGUUGAAUUUCCCUUCUAAACCCUGGGUUUUUGGAGGCAUUUGUAAAAUUGUGAAAAAAACCGUAGACAUAGAAAUACUUUAGAAGCAAACAAAUAUAAUCAUGUUCACACAUUAGACGCUAUGAUCGAUCUGAUCUUUGUAUAAAUUUUCAAUUCAUCAACAUAAGUAAUACAACAGAAAGAAACCGCAUAACCUCAUUAAAUUGUCUUUAUUUGAAUUCGACAUGUCACUACAUGAUUUAGAUAAUUUUUUAACAAAUUAAAACUCGUCACGUGUUGUUAAUUAGGCGUAAGGUCGAUGAUUAGACCAAAGCAGUGUUAUUAACAAAUGCAAAAAAAAAAUCUCUAUUAAAAGGGAAACAAUAAAAUAGCUUAAUUGAUAAAAAAUUAAGGGAAAAAAAAUUGUGCAUUGAAUGUAAAAACAUUAGCAUUCAGUAUGUCCUGUUUCGUUCUGUUAUGUUACUUCGGUAUAAGUGUACUAAUUAAUUACCAAUCAAAUAAUAUGAAUUAUGUACCAG